AUGCGACCAGUUUGGGUGCCGGGUACAAAUUGUGGCUAUCAUGCUCUUACAAUCGGAUUCCUUAUCGAUCAAAUUGUCCGAAGGAUCGAUGAGAAGAAAAGGGGUAUUACGGAGUUUCUUCGUGAAGAAAUUCUUGAUAAAUACGGUAUUGAUGAAUUAUGUAUUGGACUGACAGACGAACAACAAAAUAAGAAUGUAGCAACAUUGAUUCAACCGUCUGAUGAAGAGCUUUUAGCU